UAGUUUUCAAUUAUCAAACCAUGUUCUUGGACCAUGCCAUCGCAUAGUUCGUAAAACCAAAAACCACAUGUCAUCCUAGCCCUAGUAUGUCUAACUCUUUCCCAAAUUGUGUACCAACUCCCACCAUGGGUUGUUCAUGAAUUAUUACCCUUCAAAACCCUCAUGGUCAGAAUCCAAGAACCAAAAGGUCUAAACCUUGACCACAACCUCCCAACUCUUGUCCAAAACCAGCCCAAAUCAGUCAAUCUAAUCUCGCCAUCGAUAAAAACGUCGCAAAAGUGCUAACUGAUUACAAACAGUGUAUCAGUGUGUAUUUAGUGGCGUCAUGGACCCCAUCAGUGCUAGCAACUACAAUUUGCGAGCAUGCGAAGACGACAAAGGAGAAACCGACGCCGUCAAGGCUGCAGUUAGCACCAAGUCGUUGAGCCGGUUUGAAGAAAAAAGCUUGAAAAAUCUUCUACCCCAGAUUACAGCGACGCUAAUAGUGACUUCGAACCAUAUAGUGGUGGGAAUAGGUCUGGCGUACUCUGCUAUAUUAAUCCCGCAGCUGGAGGGUCCAGGUAGUGAUAUUCCUGUCACUAAAGACAACCUAUCAUGGAUUGCUAGCGUCGUAGCUUUAGUGGCACCCAUCGGGUCCAUGAUGAGUGGUUUCGUGAUGGACCGGAUUGGAAGAAUCAACACUUUAAAAAUAUCGAUAGUUCCUGGUAUCCUGGGUUGGGUGCUGAUGGCUGUGGCCCAAAAUAUACCCAUGUUGAUCGCAGGACGAAUUCUUACAGGAAUAGCCACAACACUAUCCACAAGCCCCGCGAUUGUUUACAUCACAGAAAUAGCCCGAAAAGACAUGCGAGGCUCUCUUUUAGUCAUAGGCCCCGCGUUCGUGUCUUUGGGUUUGGUCAUCACGUAUCUCAAAGGGUGGCUCAUGGAUUGGCGAACCAUCGCUUGGUUGUGCAACGUCUACCUAAUCAUCCCCUUCUUCCUUCUAUUCCUUCUUCCAGAAAGCCCUUCCUGGCUAGUGUCCAAAGGACGUCCCGAAGAAGCCGGGAAAGCCCUCCACUGGUUACACAAACACCAACCCAAACCGGACCCCCAAGACAAUAAAACCUUCGCAGAAAUGUACCUCAACCUCCUAGUUAAAGAGGACACCCAGAAGAAAAUUGAAGCUCAAACUAGUGGUGGCAAUAUGGUCAAAGAGUUCCUCAAACCCACGGGCUAUAAACCCCUACUAAUCAUCUCUGGGGUUUUCUUCUUCCAACAGUUCUCCGGUAUCUACAUUUUCUUGUUCUACUCAGUUACUUUCUUCGAAGCGGUUGGUAGCGAUAUCAAUCCGUACGUCGCGUCGAUUUGGAUAGGAGUCAUCCGGUUGAUCCUCUCGAUUAUGAACACUUGGUUGUUAAAGUACUUCAGUCGAAGGAAGUUGAUCAUGAUCAGUGCGUUCGGGAUGUUCGUGUGUACCUUGAUUUCGGGGUUGUUCACCCACUGGAUCAAGAAUGGUACCACUGAAGCCAAAUGGGUACCCGUGAUCUUCCUCCUCUUGUACGUGGUUUCGUCAAUGAUUGGUUUAUUGACAAUACCAUGGACCAUGACGGCGGAACUAUUUCCAUUGAAGAUCAGAAGCAUGGCCCACAGUAUCUCUACUAGCAUAGUCAACUUGAUUAUGUUUGUAGCGGUACAGAACUACAUCAACUUGGAACGACUGCUAGGUGGUUCCGCAGGAAUCCAGUGGUUCUUUUCAGUGGUUUCGUUGGUCACAGUCGUCUACAUUUUCGUGGUUUUGCCCGAAACACACAAAAAGAAGUUGUCAGAAAUCGAGGACUAUUUUAAUUCCAACACGAUAUAUCUUUGGAGCACGAAGAGAACCCGUGAUGUUAGUAAAAACAGUAGCAGUAGAAAUGAAGCUGAUAAAUUAAUAAAUGGUGUUUAGAUUUA